UUAAAGUGUAUUGCAGGAUAGGGUCCAGUCAACGUUUUCCCAUUUUAGAUGAACUAAAAUCAGGUAAAUGUCUAUCUACCUGCUGGUUCACCAUAUCCUGCUUUUGGGUUGUUUCUGGUAUAUUUGUCAGGUCAUUUUAUAGAAAUUUAUCCUUCUUUGGCUUUAUACUUGUACUCGUUUAUAUCAGUUUCAUUGUAGACAUGAAGACUGUAAAUGACAUCCAGAUGUGAAGCAUUUAACGUCUUUUGCUUUGCAACAGGGAGAUCGAUCAUCAAUGAUUAGUCUGUCUUUUAUUCUGAAGGACUGCAUUGUAUCCUCCACAGCCUCACACAGUUGCUCCUCAAGAGAUCAAAACAGGCUCAACUUCCAAGUUACCAAAUGUAUUAAACAGGACGUAACUUAAGUGUACAUCAGUCAGUGUUUUGAAGAAGACCAAAGAAAAAUCAAAAACGCAUGAUUUUUGUGGCCAAAAAGUGAAUGGUUAUUUAAAAACUGAGCCAGAUAGCCAUAAAAAGUUCAGUUUUCGAAGGUCAUUUUGACUAAUAAUCACAUUCUGCACCACGCCGAAGGUAGACUGAAGCUGAUUAUACUUCUAUGCAUGUUUGCUUUGCUUGUUAUCCGUUUGACCGUCUGCAUCUGUGUUUUCUGAGCAAAUCUACCUCCAAUCUGCCAGUCCUCCUGGUGACUCACUCCAGCACGGAAAGUGUCGUCGUUUAAAGGGACAAGAGAAACGUCUCAGACCGCAAUGCAGGGCUGUAUCAUUUUCAUCAGCUUGUUUUUAACGGCGGCCCGAUCCCAAGAUAUCCAUCCCUCACAGGCUUCAUCCUCCAUUAGCGAGUCUUGUGACUCCCUGUGCUCAUGUGAGGUGAAAGACGGCAUCCUUCAUCUCAACUGCGAGCAAAGGAACAUCAGCAAAAUCUCCCAAAUCAAAAUCCCCCCAGGCGUCCCCUUCCACCUGAACCUUUAUAAAAAUGACCUGGUUGAGCUUCGGACUGAGGAAAUGGAAGGGCUUAAGGGUGCCCUUUCCCUGCAUGUCGGGGGUAAUAGCAUACAAGAGCUGGAGCCAGGGGUCUUCAGCUCCCUGGGAACGCUGAAAAAGCUCCACAUAAACAGCAAUUUCCUUGUCACCCUGAAAGAGGACACUUUUCAAGGGUUGGUGAAUCUGGAGUUUCUUCAGGCUGACACAAACUUUAUCCAGGUCAUUGAACCGGGGGCCUUCAACAAACUGAUCCGCCUCAAAGUCCUGAUCCUCAAUGACAACUCCAUUGAGUUUUUACCUAACAACAUUUUCCGCUUUGUGCCCCUUACGCACCUGGACCUGCGAGGCAACAAGCUGCAGACGCUGCCGUAUGUGGGCUUCUUGGAGCACAUUGGCCGGAUUAUGGAGCUGCUCCUGGAGGACAAUAGCUGGAUCUGUGACUGUGAUAUUUUACAUUUGAAAAUCUGGAUGGAAAACAUGAGAUCCCAGUCCGCCAUCGGGGAUGUGGUUUGCAGCGCACCGCAAAACCUGAAAGGGAGCAUCCUCGCUAAAGUCAAGCGGGACGUUUUGUGUCCGUCCCACGCGGAUAUCAACCUGGAGGAGCCGUCAAAGUCAUUGGAUAUGGUUGUUACUCCUUCAUCCAAAGCGUUUCAGAUCCCCAAACUGAACAAUGCCAAAGAUGAUGCUAGGGUCCCAACACCAUCCCACCCUCCAGGUAGUCCCUGCGCAAGUCACUGUUCCUGCCACAAUCACCCUGUGUCCGGCUUUUUGAUGCACUGUCAGGAUGGAGGGAUCCAAAAGGUCUCAGACAUUGGAAUUACUCAGCGUAGUCCUACCAAACUGAUCUUGACAGGAAAUAUGAUCCAAAAACUUUUGAAAUACGAUUUCGUUACGUACGACAGUUUGGAGACCCUCAACUUAUCCAACAACAGAAUUGAUUACAUCGAUAACGAGACUUUUCUUAGUUUGAGCAGCUUGAAAAAGCUGUUUUUGAAUGGAAAUAAACUAGAAAAGCUGUUCUCCACAAUGUUUGUGGGACUCCACAACCUCGAAAAUCUUUAUCUGGAAUACAACCUGAUCAAAGAGAUUGCUCCUGGCACUUUUAAUCCCCUGCCAAACCUGAAACUUUUGUCUUUAAAUAAUAACCAGCUCAGUUCUCUUCCAGCGCAGAUUUUUCGCAACGUGCCCCUUGCCAAAUUAAACCUGAGAAAAAACCUGCUCAUGCAUCUGCCAGUGAGCAACGUGCUCGAUCAACUCGACUCACUGGAGCAGAUUUAUUUAGAGGACAACCCCUGGGACUGCAGCUGCGACUUGCUCAGCCUUAAACAAUGGGUGGAGAAGCUGCGGAAAGACACAGUGGUGGGCUCAAUUUUGUGUCACACUCCAAAGAAAGUGAUGGAGAGCGAGCUUAGAAGUCUUCAUCACGAGGCGCUUUGUCCCGGGUUAGGGACCUACCACCCGGUGCCUCCCAGCGGUGAGGAGAGUGUAACAGCCACUUUGGGGCCUGACGGGAGCAGCGGGUUGUUCAUUUCCCUAACAGACACCAUCCCACUUUCUGUGCUCAUCUUAAGCCUUCUCAUCUUCGUCCUCAUGAUUAUAUUCUGCUCAGCCGGGCUGGUGGUGUUUAUGGUGCACAGACGGCGGCGCAGGGCGAAGAAAAAGGCAGCAGAGGAGCAGCCUAACCCCAACACCACCAGCAGUUCCCCCAUCCAUUUGCAUUACAGCAUGUAUGGACAGAAAACCACUCACCACACCCUGACGCAGAGAACCGGGUCGGCCACUCUGUAUGAAGACAGAUCGCACAGUCCUAUUGUGCAGAUCUGCCGCAACCCCACGUAUUGCUCCCAACACAAGGAGCACGACACUUUGGAUUACGAUGAAUCCGGCCCCAAGCAUCACGUCUGCAGAAGCAUCAUGGAGAGGGAGAACACGUCCCCCCUGACGGGAAACCCCUGCCCCAAGUUCAGGCCAAUGGGCGGAGAGUGCCAGGCGGAGUUUAUGACUCUUGGAAAUCCCAACUCCUUGUACAGGAACAUUCUGGACAGGGGGGAGAAGGAGCUCCAGCAGCUUGGAAUUACCGAAUACUUCAGGAAAAACAUGUCCCAGCUCCAGCCCGCCAUGGACCUGCAGGGCCCGGGGCACCAGGAGGAGCUGAAGCUAAUGGAGGCCAUAAUGUACACAAGACCACGCAAGGUCAUGCUGGAGCAAAUGAAAAAUGAGUACUUUGAACUGAAGGCCAACCUGCACACCGAACCAGACUACUUAGAAGUUCUGGAGCAUCAGACUGCGUUUAACUGAACUGAAGCAGCAACAAACCUGUUUGAACCAAGUGCCUUCUCCUGAUUCCCUCUUGGGAUUCCCACAGUGUGAAAUAUAUAAAUACAAAUAUAGUAUUGGCACAUCUCUUUAACUGUAGCACAGAAUGUAACUGGUUUGCUCUUUUGUUGGGUCGAACGUGCCGACAGCCACACCGUGUAGUUGCUGGAAGGGCGUUAUGUUUUACAGAAGAGACUGUCAAGCAGGCCCGGGUCAAAGCCCACUGUGAAAUCCACUCAAUCAGCUUUUUACAUGUGAUUAAACAUCCAGCAGCCAAAUGAAUUGAUCCACAUGGCGACUUCUCUCCUCCACCUCCCGCCUGCAGGACGAAGCAGAUGUUUUGGAACCAAGUGAGCGAAUUUCAAUCACUGCUUGACCCAGAAUUUCUGCUUAAUCGGUCUAUCCUGAUUCCGGCCAUGACCCGAUUACACCCUCCGUCAACCUAAGGCAGCUUUCAUGCUAGAACCAGAAUGAAUGCUCAUAGUGCCGUAGAGUCAGCAAAUUGCCAAGCGAACGUUGGGGGGAGUGUGAUAGGAGUGCGGUUCCACUUCUGUCCUCCGGUGUGAGGAUGGAUCCAGAACGAGCCGCAGCGAGAGAAACUUAUUUUUUUUUAUCAGCUGGUAGUGUGUUCACAGAAAGCAGUGUCAGUCAGAUGAAAAAGCACUUGGGAGUUCAGUAGAUUAUAUAUAAAUAUAUAUAUAAUCUCCUGGUAUAUGCACACAUAUACCAGGAGAGUCUUGUCAAAAGGCCUAGCACUAAUCAAAUGCCAUAAGAUGGUGCAUGACAAUCAAAAGAAUCCUGCUGAAACUUAUUUUUGCCAGAAGAAACGAGCCACUUAUGCUUUCUGUUAACGCGACAGACCAUUAUUUGACGUCCGAUUCAGAGAAAGAGGUGGACAGCUGGUGAUUGACAUGUCGUAUUGUUGGGGAUUUCUACUCGUUCAUACCCUUGAAGUCCAUGUAAGCACACACUCUGUAGCUUUUCUACUCAACUAGGUUAUUUAUUCUGUAUAUUUUGUAUAUACUUAUGUUCUGUUCUCUCUUUGGGUUUUGUGUGCCUUCAGUGCUGUACAGAAUAUAAACAGAAGCUGUAACUGAAACAGGAAAUAAAGAAUUGCAAUAUAAGUGAAA